CUGUUGACUCUUUUUCCUCCUUCUUUCUCACUCCGAAAUAUUUAUUCUUUUGCACAUGAAAGAAGAAUUGUGUCUUCGACCACCAGCAGCUACCAAAAGCAGGGAGCAAUUUGAUGUCACACAAAUAUUGCUCACAGCGAAAAGUUAAAGGAAGAAAAGUGUGGGAAUUUAAAAUGAAAUUUAUUAUCUUAGCAUUAUACGGAGGGAAAUUGAACUUUUAAUUUUUGAUUUAUAAAAUUUUGAAAAUAAAAUAUAUUUUGCAAAUGGUUAAGAAAGAAUGAAAAUUUCAAGGAAAAUUUUGAUAUAGCUAUUAAAUCAUGCUUCGACCUAGUUUAAGGUAGAUACAUUAGUUUAUGAAGAUAACAUUAUCACUUUGAACAUGAGAUACUUUUCAUUAUGUUGAAAAACAAUGCUCAAGAUGAAAAUAUCUAGCAAUGUUAGAGAUAAGAUUAAAGUCUUCUACUUUGAGAAAAAAAAGCAAAACAACUGUUAUUCAGUACAAAUAUGGUGGUCAUCUUGAAAGCUUCUGUGAGAAUUCUCGGAAAUUUUAUAGAAAAUUCAAAAGAAUUAACAAAAGUACUACAAAGAUCUUACGUAAAUGCCAGUGGGUUGAGUUAUAUUCACAAGAUCGGUAAAAGUCCUCUGGUUUACAGAACAAUCGGGCAAGAGCUGAGUCGUGUAGUUGAUAAAUAUCCUGAUCAUGAAAUUGUGGUUGCUGUUGAGGAAAGUAGGAGGAUAACGUAUGAAGAACUCAAAAGAGCUGCUGAUACCUUAGCUGGUGGACUUCAAUGUUUAGGCCUGAGCAGGGGUGAUCGUUUAGGCAUCUUAGCUCCCAAUACGACAAUAUGGCCAAUCGCAAUGUUUGCUGCUGCAAGAGCAGGCCUAAUAAUGGUGGCACUUAAUCCAUCCCACGACUGUCUCCAGUUGGAAUUCUAUCUGCAGAAAGUUGGCAUUAAAGCUCUCAUUACAUCAGAAAGCUUUCAAGGCAAGAACUAUUACGAUAAACUUCUCAACCUAAUUCCCGAAUUGACUUCAAGUGAUCCUCGGAAUGUUCAAAGCAAGAAGUUUCCCUGCCUAACCACUGUUAUCAUUGACUCUGAUAAGAAUUUUAAGGGAACUUUUCGUGCUAAGGAUGUGAUGUCAAUGCCUGCAGCUUCUCAGGUGAAUAACAUUGAGGAUCAGCAGAAGGAUAUUAGUCCUGACAGUGGUUGCAGCAUUCAGUUCACUUCUGGUUCAACGGGUGAACCAAAAGCAGCUCUCCUCAAGCACUAUGCCUUUGUAAAUUCAAAUCUUCACAUUGAAAGAAUGGAAUUGGGUGGAAGAAAACUUUGCCAUCAUGUACCAAUCUUUCAUGCGUAUGGCACUGAAAUGGGAAUAAUGGCAAGUGUCUCUCAUCAAGCUACAAUUGUGAUCCCAUCAUUCACCUAUAAGCCAGAAAAGUCACUUCUUGCAAUAAGAAAUGAGAAAUGCACAGCAAUUCUGGGAACUCCUGCAAUGUACAUUGAUUUGGUAAAGAUCCAGAGAGAACUGCAGCUGGACAUUAAUCUGGAAAUUGCUGUAACUGGAGGAGCUGUCUGUUCACCACAACUAUUUAAGGAUAUGAAGGCGGUGCUAGGAGUGAAGAAACUUAAAACAUGUUUUGGUAUGACGGAGCAUACAGGAUUCAGCUUUACAACUCUCCCAUCAGAUGGAUACGAUCAAGUACAUGAGACUGUUGGGCAGGUACAGGAUCAUAUUGAAGUAAAAGUAACUGACCGUUGUGGAAAACUUGUACCAUUCGGAACUGCUGGAGAGCUUUGGGUUCGUGGAUAUUUCACCAUGCUAAGAUACUGGAACGACAAGGAAACUACGCGCAAAACCCUAGGAGAGAAUGGUUGGUUACGAACAGGAGAUCAAUUUAUUCUCCAAUCAAAUGGCUAUGGAAAAUUCGUAGGAAGGAUCACCGAGAUGAUUGUUCGAGAUGGAGAAAUAAUUUUCCCAAAGGACAUUGAGAACCUUCUUGUAACUUUUCCACAAAUUGCUGAAGCUUAUAUUAUUGGAGUACCCGAUGAUGAUCUUGGACAAGAAAUGUGUGCAUUUAUCCGCCUUCGCUCAGCUUAUUCAAGUUUAACAGCUGAGGAUAUUAUGGAUUAUUUUAAAGGAAAUAUAACUGAUUUUCCCAUUCCUCGUUAUGUAGAGAUUGUGAAUGAAUUUCCAAAGACAUUUUCAGGUAAAAUUCCAAAGUACAAACUAAAGCAAAUUUUUAAAGAAAAAUACUUGAAGUCAAGUGCCUAA